AUGAUUCUCGAUAGACUUGAAAUAACAAACUUUAAAUCGUAUAAGGGAACACAUUUAUUAGGACCUCUCGAUCGGUUUAGCUGUAUUAUUGGGCCAAACGGUUCUGGAAAAAGCAAUAUACUGGACGCAAUUUCUUUUGUCUUGAACGUACCUAAUAGCUACUUAAGAGUCAAGCAUCUGAAGAAUUUGGUAGAGUAUAAUUCAACAGAAGCUAGCGUGAAAAUUUAUAUUAAUUCAAUGAUAUUUGAAAGAAGAAUAUACAAAGACGGUGCUAAUAGCAACGCCAACGACUCAGCCAUUCUUGACAGUGCUAAUUUAAACCAGGAUAUUUAUCAUUCUACUAACUGUAAAUAUUUUGUGAAUGGGAAUAAAGUAACACAGAGACAAUACAACCAGGAGUUAGAGCAGCUCAACAUUCUUAGCAAAGUUAAGAACUUUGUUAUUUAUCAGGGAGAUGUUAUUAAGAGUGAUGUUGAUCUGCUGAAAAUGAUUGAGAAUGUGUGCGGAAGCGACGCCUAUGCUGAGGAAUAUAAUGUUCUUAGUGAAAAAAUAUCUGUUAUGAACAAGAGUCUGAGCCUGAAAUACGAGAAGAGGAAGGAUUGCUUGGAAAUGAUGAAAGAAAUAAAAGAAGUUAAGGACAAGGAAAAGACGUUUGAAUCCUUAAUUAACCAAAAGGAUCUAGUCCAGAGAAAAAUUUAUGAGGCUGAGAUUAAAAGCAAAAAAAUAGAAGUAGAUAGGAUUAAAGAAACAAUAAAGUCAUUAGAGCAGAUGAAGGAGAAUGAAAAGUACAAUGAAAUAUUUAGUACAGUGAAUAAAACAAGAAGUGAGACAGCAAAACUUCAAAAGGAGUAUUUCGAGAAGGAAACGGAAUUAACUUUUGAAAGGAGUAGGCAGACUAAGAAAAGGGUAUUUGAUAUUGAAGCUAAAACUGCCGAGUUAAAGGAAUUGGUUGAUAAUCUAACAAGCACAAAAGAGGAAUUAGCAAAAAUUCCUUCGUCUAUUGAAUUUUCUGAAAAUGUUGUAUUUGAGGGAGAAAUCUUAACUCACAGUCGAUUUGAGGACGUGUUAAAAGAAAAAGAAAUAGAAUACUCCCAGAAGGUCUCUGGCUUAGAAAAGCAAUUGUCAGAAAUGACACUUUUGAACUUUGAUAAGCUUAACAAAAGAGAUCAACUUCAAAAUACAAUUAAGCAGAUUAAUUCAAAAAUAUCUAAGAUAAAAGCAAGGAAUAGUGAAAUUGAAAAGGGAAAAUAA